AACAGUCGCUUCCUUCCUUCUUAGAUAGAUAUAGAGAGGGAAGAAAACACCCAUAUAUAGAGGGAGAGAGAGAAUAAAUACACACACGAACAAAACUAAACCGAACGAGAUUCAAAAAACCAGACAAUGGCGGCUUCUGCGAAACCACCCACCGCCUCACUCUCAUGGACCAAGCUCCUUCCUUCCUCCCCUUUCGCCACCGCCCUCGUCUCCUUCCCCCGCCGCCGCAACCGUUCGGCGAAAGCGGUGUUCGUCGUCGCCGUCUCUUCGGGGGCCAAACCGACGGUCCUCGUCGCCGAGAAGCUCGGGGAGGCCGGGAUCAGCCUCCUGAAAGAGUUCGCCAACGUCGACUGCUCCUACAACCUGACUCAAGAGGAGCUGUGCACCAAGAUCUCGCUCUGCGACGCGCUGAUCGUGCGGAGCGGCACCAAGGUUACGCGCGACGUGUUCGAGGCGUCGUCGGGGAGGUUGAAGGUGGUGGGACGCGCCGGCGUGGGGAUCGAUAACGUGGAUCUGGCGGCAGCGACGGAGCACGGGUGCCUGGUGGUGAAUGCGCCCACGGCGAACACUAUUGCGGCCGCGGAGCAUGGGAUCGCGCUCUUGGCUGCCAUGGCGCGGAAUAUUGCACAGGCUAGUGCGUCUGUGAAAGCUGGGAAGUGGCUGCGGAGCAAAUAUGUGGGAGUAUCCCUUGUUGGCAAAACACUUGCUGUGAUGGGUUUUGGAAAGGUUGGGUCGGAAGUUGCGAGGCGUGCCAAGGGGCUUGGUAUGCAUGUGAUUUCCCAUGAUCCUUAUGCCCCAGCAGACCGUGCCCGUGCCAUAGGUGUGGAGCUCGUGAGCUUCGAUGAAGCCAUAGCAACUGCUGACUUCAUCUCACUGCAUAUGCCUCUCACUGCUUCCACAUCAAAGGUUCUCAACGAUGAAACCUUUGCCAAGAUGAAGAAAGGAGUUCGAAUUGUCAAUGUUGCUCGCGGGGGAGUAAUUGAUGAAGAAGCUUUGGUGAAGGCAUUGGAUGCCGGAAUUGUUGCUCAGGCUGCACUUGAUGUUUUCACAAUAGAGCCACCACCUGCGGACAGCAAAUUAGUAAGUGAUGAACGAGUGACUGUAACACCACAUCUUGGCGCCAGUACUAUGGAAGCUCAGGAAGGAGUGGCAAUUGAAAUUGCUGAAGCUGUUGUUGGAGCUUUGAGAGGGGAGCUGGCUGCUACAGCAGUCAAUGCACCCAUGGUUCCUGCUGAGGUCCUAACAGAGCUGAAACCAUUUGUUGAACUCGCCGAGAAGCUGGGUAGACUAGCGGUCCAACUAAUAGCAGGCGGCAGUGGUGUGAAAUCAGUAAAAGUGACGUAUGCUUCUGCUCGAGCUCCCGACGACCUUGACACCAGACUCCUCCGGGCCAUGAUCACCAAAGGUCUAAUUGAGCCCAUAUCCAGCGUUUUUGUGAACUUGGUAAACGCAGAUUUCACUGCCAAACAAAGAGGUUUACGGAUUUCCGAAGAAAGAAUCCUCUUAGAUGGAUCCCCAGAAAGCCCUCUUGAGUUCAUCCAGGUCCAGAUUGCCAAUGUGGAAUCGAAAUUUGCGAGCGCAAUAUCUGAAUCAGGGGAAGUUAAAGUGGAGGGGAAGGUGAAAGAUGGGGUCCCGCAUUUGACGAAGGUGGGGUCAUUCGAAGUUGAUGUGAGCUUGGAAGGGAGUCUUAUACUAUGUAGACAGGUGGAUCAGCCAGGGAUGAUAGGGAAGGUGGGGAGCGUAUUGGGGGAGGAGAAUGUGAAUGUGAGCUUUAUGAGUGUCGGAAGGAUUGCUCCGCGGAAGCAGGCAGUGAUGGCAAUCGGAGUGGAUGAGCAUCCGAGCAAGGAUGCUUUGAAAAGGAUUGGAGAGAUCCCAGCCGUCGAAGAGUUUGUCUACCUCAAGUUAUAGUGUGGUGAGGCAAAGAAUAAUGCGGCUGUGCUAUUGUGAUUUUGUAGUUGUGAUUGUUUUUUAUUCCCAGGUUAAAUAAAAGGGCAAGACGUGCUGAAA